GGGCGGGGGGGCCGGGAGCUGCCAUGGCGCUGAACCUCAGCAAGAACGGGCGGGCGCUGCAGGAGGCCUACGGCAGGGUGGUGGCGGCGGGGAGCAGCACCGACUGGGCCCUGUUCACCUACGAAGGCAACAGCAACGACCUGCGCGUGGCCGGCUGCGGGGAUGGGGGCCUGGAGGAGAUGGUGGAGGAGCUCAACAGCGGGAAGGUGAUGUACGCCUUCUGCAGGGUGAAGGACCCCAACUCCGGCCUGCAAUACGUCCUCGUCAACUGGACGGGUGAAGGCGUCAACGAUGUGCGGAAAGGAGCCUGCGCCAACCACGUCAGCACCGUCGCCGGCUUCCUGAAGGGCGCGCACGUCACCAUCAACGCCCGUGCCGAGGAGGACGUGGAGCCCGAGCUCAUCAUGGAGAAGGUGGCCAAAGCCUCGGGGGCCAACUACAGCUUCCACAAGGAGAGCGGCCGCUUCCAGGACGCCGGACCCCAGGCUCCCGUGGGCUCCGUCUACCAGAAGACGAACGCGAUGUCCGAAAUCAAGAGGGUGAAUAAGGAUAACUUCUGGGCCAAAGCCGAGAAAGACGAGGAGAACCGGCGGCUGGAGGAGAAGAGGCGGGCGGAGGAGGAGCGGCAGCGGCUGGAGCGCGAGCGGCGCGAGCGGGAGCUGCAGGAGGCGGCGGGGAGGGAGCAGAGAUACAAAGCCCGCUCCAACGAAAUCGAGGCCCAGAAGAGGCUGCAGCAGGAGGCGGAGAGGAGGGACAGGGAGCAGCAGCAGCGGAAGGAGCAGGCGGAGGAGGAAGAGGCCGAGCAGCGGAGAGGCUUCAGGAGGAGCGAGUCGGUGGAGAAAGCCCAGGAGGCAGCGUCGCUGAUCGCACAGAGGGCAGUGAACCCCCGGGACAUCUUCAAGCAGAAGGAGAGGUCGGCACCCGGGGACACGGCAGCUGCUGCCCAGCCAGGCAAAUUGCGCAGCCCCUUCCUGCAGAGGGAGGCGAACGCGGUGCCCAGCCCCGGCCCCCCGGCGCGGGAGACGCCGCCAGCAUCACCGGUGCCCGCUGCAGGGUACAACUCGAGCGCCCCGGAGCCCCCCGAGGACGAGGCCAAUGUGUACGAGGAGCCGCCGGACGCCUCGGCCAUCUACGAGGAGCCCCCUCAGGACCACGCUGAUGGGGCCAAGUACGACUACUCGGCCGAGUACCAGCAGACACCGGACCUGGCGGGGAAGGGGCUGUGUGCCCGGGCGCUCUACGACUACCAAGCGGCUGACGACACUGAGAUCUCGUUUGACCCUGAGAACAUCAUCACCAACAUCGAGAUGAUCGACGAGGGCUGGUGGCGGGGCUACGGCCCCGACGGCCACUUCGGCAUGUUCCCCGCCAACUACGUGGAACUGAUCGAGUAAGGGGGGGGCGGCGGGGCCACGGCAGCUCCCGGCCCCCCGGGAGCACUCGGCUCCAGCCUGGUUCUUCCAAGCAGUGCGUGGCUUUCCUCCCUUCCUCCCUUCCUUCCUUCCUUUCUCCCUUCCUUCCUGCCUUUCUGCCUUCUCUCUGAGUGACGUGCCAUGGCCCUGAGACCCCUGACCCUGGAGCCCCCAUAAAUGCCCCCCCGGGGGCGCUGGCAGAAGCCCCCUGGCUCCAUCCCGGCGCGGAGCAGCCGCGUGCCCCGCGGGCUCCCCUCCCUUCUGGCCCCUCGUGCGGUCCGACCCCUCGCAGGGAGCCCAGAGCUGCGGCCAGCGCUCGGCUUCCCGGCCGGGGAGGAGAUCAAACGAGGCCAAGGUGGGGGAUUUUAGCAAAAGCUGUGAGCGAGGCCCCCCCCCCUGCGUGCCCCAUUCACUGUGAACAAGGAAGAGCCCGGUCCGGCUGCCGCCUUCCUCUCAGUCGCCUCCAGCUCCUUUCCCUGGUGUUGCUUUUGGAACAGGCUGUGACGGGUUUUACCACGGGUUUUAGUGAUGCCGGGGCCCUCGUGCCCCCCCCCGGGUCAAUAAAAGGGCUUUUCUUUGGUGACGGCUGCACAGGA